CCUUCAUUUCUCAUCAAAUACAAUAAACUCGAAUCAAUCAUAAUAAUGAUGCAUUCCUCAACCAUAUUCCAGAUCUGCUUCCUCCUCCAACUAGUGCUAACACCACUCUCUGCUUCAACAACACAGCGAUGCCACCCUGAAGACCAGAAGGCGCUUCUCCAAAUCAAGAAGGACUUGAACAACCCAGCCGCCCUCUCCUCAUGGCAGACCACCACCGACUGCUGCCGCCACUGGAAAUGGGUGAGCUGCGACAGAGGCAAAACCCACCGUGUCAACUCUCUCAGCCUCGAAAACAUAGACAUGAACCCCCACCCUCUUCCCAUGCCAGCUUCUGUCUCCGCCCUCCCUUACCUUACCAUUCUCGGAUUCGGCCCCGGCAACUUCACCGGCCCCAUUCCAAGCUCCAUCGUCAACCUCAAAAGCCUUCACACGCUCCAGAUCACCAGCACCCUCCUCUCCGGCACCAUCCCGGAGUUCCUGUCCCAAAUCACCACCCUCACCGACUUAAGUCUCUCCUUCAACAAUCUCUCCGGCGAGAUCCCCGCCUCCUUGUCUCGCCUCUCCCACCUCCAAUCCCUCGACUUACAGUCCAACAGCCUCAGCGGACCGAUCCCGGACAUAUUCGACUCCUUCCCAAACUUCACCUUCGUGUAUCUCAGCUCGAACCAACUCUCCGGGAAGAUACCAAAGUCGAUGGGGAAUAUAAACGUGACGUAUUUGUACCUGGACAACAACAAGCUGGAGGGUGACGCUUCCAUGCUGUUUGGGUCCAAGAAGGACACGUGGACGAUAAACCUUGCGAAUAAUAAGAAGCUGGCCUUUGAUCUGGGAAAAGUGGAGUUCUCGUAUGAGCUUCAAAUAUUGAAUCUGAGUCACAAUGAAAUCUACGGGAACAUCCCGGAGGUACUAACGGCGGUGAGAGACUUGGUUUCGGUGGACCUGAGCUACAAUAAUCUGUGCGGUAAAAUUCCAACCGGAUUGUCCAGUAUCGCCACUGCAUCUGCGUUUGCUCAUAACAAAUGCCUCUGUGGCUCUCCACUUCCAAGCUGCAGUAGGCGCCGAUCAUUUUAGAUCGAUCCAUGCAGCAUCAACUGGAAGGGACUGCAUAAUUUAAUACUAAUAAUCUUAUGGUAUCCAUUAUUCCUUCUUUAAUUUGCAAGGAAGCAUUAGCAUUAGACAGAAGGAUUUGUUUUUUAUUAUUACAUUUUGCAUGCAAUAAAUAAUUAAUGUUAUAAUGAAGUCAAAAUGAUUCUGACUUUCAUUUCUGAUGUAAUAAAAGCUUAAAAAAAUUGUGUCUUUUUCUUA